AUGGAACCCAUGAACUCACAGGUCAAGUCGCCACAGGAGGCCGGUGUAUAUCCUUUGGAAGCGGAGGGAGGAGGGGAAAUAGUGGAUACACCAGCUAUAGCUUGGACUGCAAGCAACCAGCCUACGGCUCAAGUUAUCGGUACAACGGGCCCUUCCGGUAAUCAUGCAAGAAGUCAAAGUAUCGCGGAAAGUUUAGGAAGUCCAACCUCGGGACCUUUGGAAACCCAGCCGUUGGAUGGCGGCAGAUCGGAAUUCCAUCCACCUUUACUUCGACAAAAUUCUAGUUCUUUACCGUCUUUUAAAUAUUUAAUAUCUUCAGUCGACGAUCCAAACGACAAAAACCCUAUCCCUCCGAUAGCUUUUAGUUCAGGUUAG